AUGGGAGACAACGCCGCCCAAUCUGGAGCUGCCUUGGGCAUUGUGGGCCAUUUAUCUGAAUCUGCUUCCUUUCUGGCCUCGCAUUUGCCUCAGCCCCAUCCAACACUGCAAAGCAGAGCUCAAACUGUGGGCUUUGAUGUGGCCUCGGCGCAGUCAUGCAAGAUGGGCGUUUGGACGUUGAUGCAGCGCUUGCAGACUUCCGACCAGCCUGGUGGCGUGCAUUUUGAAUCGGUGCGAGUUGAAGGUGGGUGGCAAUCGUCGUUGAGGUGUCAUUGUGUUGAUCGAAGUGGAGCUCCAUAUGCAUGGAGCGGCAAAGAGUUCAAGAGCGAGGUGACAAGCAAGAAAAAGGAGGCGGAAGAGGGUGCGGCUAGCAGUUUCUUCAAAGACCCUGAUGUCCAAAGGACAGCUGCUAACCUCCCCCCUGCCAAACGACACGUGGACGCCUUGGAGUCGUGGCAAAUCAAGCGCAAUCUCCGGCCGAAGCACAAUUAG